AUGCCCACGAGCAGGGCGAACCAGUCGAUUGUCUCUGAGUUCCUCCUCCUGGGGCUCUCCAGGCAGCCCCAGCAGCAGCACCUCCUCUUCGUGCUCUUCCUGAGCAUGUAUCUGGCCACAGUCCUGGGAAACCUGCUCAUCACCCUGGCCAUCAGCAUAGACUCUUGCCUGCACACUCCCAUGUACUUCUUCCUCAGCAACCUACCCUUCGUGGACCUCUGCUUCUCCUCUACCACCGUCCCCAAGAUACUGGUUGACCACAUACUCCAGAGUCAGACUAUCUCUUUCCCUGGGUGUCUCACACAGAUGUAUUUUUUCAGUGUGUUUGGGGACAUGGACGAUUUCCUCCUGACCGUGAUGGCCUAUGAUCGGUUUGUUGCUGUGUGUCACCCCAUACACUACACAACAAAAAUGACCCCUCAGCUCUGUACCCUGCUGGUGGCUGGGUCAUGGAUCAUUGCCAAUCUGAAUGCUCUGUUGCAUAUCCUGUUGAUGGCUCGACUCGCAUUUUGUGCAGACAAAAUGAUCCCCCACUUCUUCUGUGAUGUGACUCCUCUCCUGAGACUCUCCUGCUCUGACACACACCUCAAUGAGAUGAUGAUUCUUACUGAGGGAGCCCUGAUAAUGAUCACUCCAUUUGUUGGCAUCUUGGUUUCCUACAUUUGUAUCAUCCGUGCUGUCCUGAGAGUCCUGUCCACAGAGGGAACAUGGAAAGCCUUCUCCACCUGUGUCUCCCACCUAGCUGUGCUUUUCCUCUUCUAUGGCACCAUCAUUGCUGUGUAUUUCAACCCUUCAUCCUCCCACUCAGCUGAGAAAGACAUCACAGCUUCUGUGAUGCAUACAGUAGAGACCCCCCCAUGGUGA